GCCAAGAAGAUUACCCGCGCGAGGAAGGUGAGAGAGAGAAGGCAGGAGAGGGAAAAGAAGACGCUACUUCUGACUAGUAGAAGUAGGGGACUUUGCGUUUGAAACAUUAGGGAAGAAUACCGCCCUGGCUGCUGAAUCAUAGACUAACAUGUCAGCAUAUGAAUGAAACCAGAACUAUGAAAGCGCGUGGACAUUUGAGCUUUACCUUUCAUAGAGAGACCAAUAGGUGACUGACUGAUUGUAUAGGAUUACAAUAGUCGCACACAGACUAUUAUAGUUCUUAGGCAGAAAAGGGGGACCGUCCGAAAAUCAUGGAGUAUAGAGUAGAAAUAAAAAUUAGCUAGCGUUAAAAGAUUAAAGAAGACUUCAAAAAAUAAAUUGCCCGGAGCAUCUGGAACCUGUUAAAUAAUGGAUUUUAGCUCUAUUCGCAAGUUGAUCACCAGAUGGUGUGCUGGAGAGGAGAACUGGGUGGACACCAGGACGGUGUACAUCGGAAACAAGGAGCCCCCACCGGGAGCAGAGGCCUACAUUCCCCAGAGGUACCCCGACAACCGCAUCAUCUCCUCCAAGUACACCUUCUGGAAUUUUGUUCCGAAGAAUUUGUUUGAGCAGUUUAGAAGAAUUGCCAAUUUCUACUUCCUCAUCAUAUUUCUUGUCCAGUUGAUAAUUGACACUCCCACCAGUCCCAUCACCAGCGGACUACCUCUCUUCUUUGUCAUCACUGUCACGGCCAUCAAACAGGGCUAUGAGGACUGGCUCAGGCACAAAGCAGACAAUGCUAUUAACCAGUGUCCUGUGCACGAGGUGCAGCAUGGGAAGGUGAUCAGGAAACAGAGUCGUAAGCUGAGGGUGGGUGAUGUGGUGCUGAUCAAGGAAGAUGAGACGUUCCCCUGUGACCUCAUCCUUCUCUCCACCAGUAGGGAGGACGGGACCUGUUUUGUCACUACAGCCAGUCUGGACGGGGAGUCCAGUCACAAGACCUACUAUGCUGUGCAGGACACUCAGGCCUUCAUCACAGAGGAGGAUUUCGAUACUUUACAGGCUUCUAUUGAAUGUGAACAACCACAACCAGACCUCUACAAAUUCGUGGGCCGAAUCAAUAUUUAUUCGGACAGAAACGAGCCCAUCGCGAGGCCUUUAGGAUCUGAGAACCUACUUCUCAGAGGGGCGACACUGAAAAACACACAGCACAUAUAUGCUGUUGCCAUCUACACUGGUAUGGAGACCAAGAUGGCGCUCAACUACCAGUCCAAGUCCCAGAAACGCUCUGCAGUGGAGAAGUCAAUGAAUGCGUAUCUGAUAGUGUACCUGUGCAUCCUGAUCAGCAAGGCUCUGAUCAACACAGUGCUGAAGUAUGUGUGGCAGGCUGACCCGGACAAAGACGAGCCCUUCUACAACCAGAAGACUGACACAGAGAGGCAACGCCAUAUAUUGAUCCGGGCGUUCACAGACUUCCUGGCCUUCAUGGUGUUGUUUAAUUACAUCAUCCCCGUGUCCAUGUACGUUACCGUGGAGAUGCAGAAGUUCCUGGGGUCCUACUUCAUCAUGUGGGAUGAUGAGAUGUUUGACGAGGAACUGGGAGAGAGGGCUCAGGUUAACACAUCUGACCUCAAUGAAGAACUGGGACAGGUGGAGUACGUGUUUACAGACAAGACAGGCACCCUGACAGAGAACAACAUGGAGUUUAUAGAGUGCUGUGUGGACGGCUAUGUUUACGUCCCUGAUGCCAUCUGUAAUGGACAGGUCAUGGCAGGGUCAACCAGCAUGGACAUGAUCGACUCCUCACCUGGACCAGGGGGCAAGGAGUCUGAGGAGUUGUUCUUCCGGGCGUUGUGUCUGUGCCACACGGUACAGGUGAAGGAGGAGGAGACAGUGGAUGGCAUCAAGAUGGGUAUCCACCAGAACAAGGCCACCUCCUUCUACAUAUCAUCCUCUCCUGACGAGGUGGCACUGGUGGAGGGCAUGAAGAGGCUUGGCUUCACCUAUCUGCGGCUGAAGGACAGUCACAUGGAGAUUCUUAAUAGGGAGGAUGAGGUCGAGAGGUUUGAGCUGCUGGAGGUAUUGACCUUUGACUCUGUAAGAAGGAGAAUGAGUGUUAUCGUCAGGUCCACCACAGGGGAGUACUACCUGUUCUGUAAAGGGGCCGACUCCUCCAUCUUCCCCAGGGUGAUCUCUGGCAAGGUGGAGCAGGUCAAAGCCAGAGUGGAGCACAACGCUGUGGAGGGCCUACGGACACUGUGCGUGGCCUACAGAAAGUUGAGCGUGGCUCAGUAUGAGGAGACGUGUCACCUGCUGAACAGCGCCAAGCUGGCCCUGCAGGACCGAGACAGGAAGCUGGCCGAGGCCUAUGACCUCAUUGAGAAGGACUUCGUACUGCUGGGGGCCACCGCCGUGGAGGACAGGCUCCAGGACAAGGCAGCAGACACCAUCGAGUCUCUCCAGAAGGCUGGGAUGAAGGUGUGGGUGCUGACCGGAGACAAGAUGGAGACGGCGGCGGCUACUUGUUACGCUAGCAAGCUGUUCCGCCGUUCCACACAGAUACUGGAGCUGACCACCAAACGCACCGAGGAACAGAGUCUACAUGACGUUCUGUUUGACCUGAGUAAAACUGUACUCAGACAGCAUGGUAGCAUGACCAGAGACACCUUCUCAGGUCUGUCUGCUGACUGUGUGGACUACGGUCUGAUCAUCGACGGGGCCACCCUGUCUGCGGUGCUGAAGCCCAGUCAGGAGGACUCCAGUCAGGGGAACUACAAGGAGAUCUUCCUGGAGAUCUGUAGGAACUGCAGCGCUGUGCUCUGCUGCCGCAUGGCUCCCCUCCAGAAAGCACAGAUUGUGAAGCUGAUCAAAUCGUCUCCAGAACACCCCAUCACGCUAGCCAUUGGAGAUGGGGCUAAUGAUGUUAGCAUGAUCCUGGAGGCUCACGUGGGGAUCGGCAUCAUGGGUAAAGAGGGUCGCCAGGCAGCGCGGAACAGCGACUACGCCAUCCCGAAGUUCAAACACCUGAAGAAGAUGCUGCUGGUUCACGGACACUACUACUACAUCCGCAUCUCAGAGCUUGUCCAGUACUUCUUCUACAAAAAUGUCGCCUUCAUCUUCCCUCAGUUCCUCUACCAGUUCUUCUGUGGCUUCUCCCAACAGCCGCUGUAUGACACAGCCUAUCUGACACUGUACAAUAUCAGCUUUACCUCUCUACCCAUCCUGCUCUUCAGCCUCAUCGAGCAGCACAUCAACAUGGACAUCCUCAAGAAAGACCCCUCCCUCUACAGGGACAUAGCUAAGAACUCUCUCCUGCGUUGGCCCAUUUUCAUCUACUGGACCUUCCUGGGGGUGUUCGACGCCGUCGUCUUCUUCUUUGGUUCUUACUUCCUGUUCAACAACAGCACCUUCACCAGCAACGGACAGAUGUUUGGUAACUGGACGUUUGGGACGCUGGUCUUCACUGUGCUGGUGUUCACAGUCACCUUAAAGCUCGCCCUGGACACACACUACUGGACGUGGAUCAACCACUUUGUCAUCUGGGGCUCGCUGCUUUUCUUCGUCAUCUUCUCUCUGCUAUGGGGAGGCAUCAUUUGGCCCUUCCUGAACUACCAGAGGAUGUACUAUGUGUUUAUUCAGAUGUUGUCCAGCGGUCCGGCCUGGCUCAGCAUCAUCCUGCUCAUCGUCAUCAGUUUGCUGCCUGACGUGGUUAAGAAGGUUGUCUGCAGGGCCCUGUGGCCCACCACCACAGAACGCAUCCAGAAUGCAGACAAGCUGUAUAACGGCCAGCUAUCGGAGUUCACCCCGCUGGCAUCUCUCCACGCGCCCACGCGCAGGAGGGCCGACCACCAGAACCCCAUUCCCAGAAGGUCUGAACCCUUCACCAAAAAACUUAUGUUCACCCACUGGAGGAGCGGGCCCGACUACUACACUUUCACCCCACUCCUCCGAUUCGCCGGCAACUCCCGUCACUCUGGGGCUGGCUACGCCCACAAUGGGGCAGGGCCUGAGACCUCGGUGUAGUCUAGAGUGGAGUUUAGUCUGAUUUAGACUGGAAGUCUAGACCAAGAUUUCAGUGUUGAGCAAUUGACCACUGGAACAAUCUGUCCUCUAGACAAUAGAUACCUAAUCUAGACGCGUACAGUUACCAAUGUCAUUGUGAAAAAGCAAACAAACACCAAAUACACACAGAAGGACGAUCCACAUGAUCCACAGUCCUACGGCUGUGUUGUGUUUAGCACAAGGAGCUGAGUGAACUGAACAGACUUGGCUCCAGGCAAGCAGUGCCUGUGGAUUGGUGGAAAGGGCCUUGGCUCCACCCAUUAAUGUUUACUGUGGGUCCGAACCCUCAGACCCACCCUGCAGUGUGUGUGUGUGUGUGUGUCACUCCCCCGUAUCUGUCUGUCAACUGUCUGUCAGUGAUGAUGUCAUUUAAAGUGUUUGUCAUGAAACAUGUCACUCCCCCAUAUCUCCCUGCCGACUGUCAACUGUCUGUCAGUGAUGAUGUCAUUUAAAGUGUUUGUCAUGAAGGAUGUCACUCCCCCAUAUCUCCCUGCCGACUGUCAACUGUCUGUCAGUGAUGAUGUCAUUUAAAGUGUUUGUCAUGAAACAUGUCACUCCCCCAUAUCUCCCUGCCGACUGUCAGCUGUCUGUCAGUGAUGAUGUCAUUUAAAGUGUUUGUCAUGAAACAUGUCACUCCCCCAUAUCUCCCUGCCGACUGUCAACUGUCUGUCAGUGAUGAUGUCAUUUGAAGUGUCAUAAAGCAGGGAUGCCUAGUAUGAAUGGAAGAUGUUCAGAGGUAUUGCAUGUGCUUUAACUGACCACACUUUCCUGUUUUUCUUUUGUCUUUUCCUCUCUUCCUCUCUCUUUCUGUCCUGCUUUCUAUAGAACAAACUGGUGUUGCCUCUGUGCAUAUGUCUUAUCCAGGAACACGCCAUAAGACACUAGUCUUUUCCAUUUCAGUUGUAAGUGGCUAGGCCGUGAUAGUGGUUUAUCUCUACUGGACUAGAGACAGUUCUGUGUGUGUAGUAUCCCGUGUCAUAGACUGUCCUUGUGUCUACUGUGGAGUGAUGUGAUUAUACCUCCAUUCCCCCUUGUAACCGUCCCAUUUCCUGACAUGGAAGCUGAGGCAUCCUGCCUCACGUAGUGCUAAGGACCCACAGUGGGAAACCAGUAUGCAUGGGAAUCCUUUUCCGCCUUAACAUCUACACAGUGUUUCCUUUGAAAUACACAGUAGUCUGGAACCAAAGGCUCAGAAAAAAGGCUCAGAAAAUACUUUUUCAAUGGCUUGCCUUGCUGGUUAUUGCCUUACACUGAGACUGGGUGGGACAGAGGAAGAGAAAUUCUGCCUUACACCACACCAGGAUUGGUGGACAGUAUUAGAUAGGAGAGAGAACCUAUUUUGUUUCUGGGCUUUAACGUUGUCCAUGUAGAUAUCUAACAUCUCUCACACUCAGAUCUGAAGCCUUUAAGAGCAGUGGAUCUCUGUUACAGAAAUACAACAUGUAGAAUGUAGACAUUAUGCUCAGCUGCUUUGCUCUGUCCCUUGGCAUAAAUAAUAUAGAACAUACCCAUAGAAGUCUCACACGAUGCGUGAGAGCCUCAUGAAGGUGUUAUAAGAGUGUUAUAAUUCUAUCACAAGAGUCUGUCAGGGGUCUUAACAUCUCAUCUGUCACUGUGUGCUCUCUCCCUCCCUCAGAUCCUCUCUGAUGCUUUUAUGUUUCAUUUUCUUUCUUCAUGUGUUUUUUUUACCUCUACCAUUUCUCCACUUGUUCCUUUUGAAGUGAUGCUCGUGUGGAUCUGUCCUCUCGAGCCUCACUACAUCUCCUCCUCCUCACUGCCGCCUCCUCUCAUCCUCCACUCCUCCUCUCAUCCAUUCAUCCAUUCACUCCUUCAUCCGGUCAUGCAUCCCUCCAUCCGUCUCCUAAGAACACAGUCUGUGUUGUGGGUGUAAGGAGAGAGAACGAGAAAGGGAGAUGGAGGGGGGACUGUACCAAAACCAAGGUUUUUCUAGACACAUUUAGAUUUCUUGUGGUCCUGUGGUGUAUUGUGGGAUCUGUUCAAACCAAGAGGAACAAAAGUAUAUUGAUGUCCCAUAUAUAGAAAGGGAUGUUGUAAUACACAGUAUGUGUGUGUGUGUGUGUGUGUGUGUGUGUGUGUGUGUGUGUGUGUGUGUGUGUGUGUGUGUGUGUGUGUGUGUGUGUGUGUGUGUGUGUGUGUGUGUGUGUGUGUGUGUGUGUGUGUGUGUGUGCAGAUAUCUGUUUCAUUGAAAGCAGCAAUGAUAUUUAAGAUGGUCGUCUGUUAUUAGGUGGUAUUAUUAAUCUUCACUGUAAUGUAAAGACACUAAACAUUAUACCACAGUCAGAACUAUAAUACUGGACAUUACACCACAGUCAGAACUAUUACACUGGACAUCACACCACAGUCAGAACUAUAACACUGGACAUUACACCACAGUCAGAACUAUAAUACUGGACAUUACACCACAGUCAGAACUAUAAUACUGGACAUUACACCACAAUCAGAACUAUAACACUGGACAUUACACCACAGUCAGAACUAUAACACUGGACAUUACACCACAGUCAGAACUAUAAUACUGGACAUUACACCACAGUCAGAACUAUAACACUGGACAUUACACCACAGUCAGAACUAUAACACUGGACAUUACACCACAGUCAGAACUAUAACACUGGACAUUACACCACAGUCAGAA